CCAUAUAAUAUACGUAGUACAUGCAUUGUCCAUAUACCGGUGUCACGAUCAAGAUGGCGUACGCGGUUAGAGCAUCAGGAUCGAGGAUGAAAUCCCUCAUGGCUGCAGGCCUUCGGGCCAGGCUGCUACAGACUUCUGCAGCAGCAAGUCAGGUAGCCAUGAGCCGAUUCGAACAAGACACGUUUAUUAACUAUGACCAAUUGGACGCAAACCUCAAGAUUGUGAAAGAUAGACUUCAACGACCCCUUACCCUCAGUGAAAAGAUUGUUUAUGGUCAUCUCGACAAACCUAAGGAACAGGACAUUGAGCGUGGAGAAUCCUACUUGAAGUUGAGGCCAGACCGUGUCGCUAUGCAAGAUGCUACAGCUCAAAUGGCUAUGCUACAGUUCAUCUCCAGCGGUCUUCCAAAAGUUGCAGUCCCGUCUACCAUCCAUUGUGAUCACUUGAUUGAAGCCCAGGUGGGAGGAGCUAAGGAUCUCACAAGGGCCAAGGACUUGAACAAAGAAGUGUACAACUUCUUGGCGUCAGCUGGUGCUAAGUAUGGUGUGGGCUUCUGGAAGCCAGGCAGUGGUAUCAUUCAUCAGAUCAUCCUUGAGAACUAUGCCUACCCUGGUGUACUACUGAUUGGAACGGACUCCCACACUCCCAACGGAGGGGGGUUAGGAGGCGUCUGCAUCGGUGUCGGAGGGGCUGAUGCCGUGGAUGUGAUGGCAGAUAUCCCAUGGGAACUCAAAUGCCCUAAUGUCAUUGGAGUGAAAUUGACCGGUCAACUCAGUGGCUGGACCUCACCUAAAGAUGUAAUCCUGAAGGUAGCUGGUAUCUUGACCGUCAAGGGCGGUACCGGAGCCAUCGUGGAGUACUUUGGACCUGGUGUAGACUCCAUCUCUUGCACGGGUAUGGGUACCAUCUGCAACAUGGGUGCCGAGAUCGGUGCUACCACGUCCAUGUUCCCAUUCAACAGCAGAAUGAGAGACUACCUGGUCGCUACCGACAGAUCAGAAAUUGCGGAUCUGGCUGACAAAAACAAACAUCUCCUGACAGCCGAUGAAGGUGCACAAUAUGAUGAGGUCAUUGAGAUCAAUCUUAGUGAGCUUGAACCUCUCAUCAAUGGACCUUUCACCCCUGACCUUAUGAACCCUGUGUCAAAGGUUGGGGAGGUUGCCGUCAAGGAGGGUUGGCCUCUGGAGGUCAAAGUCGGUCUGAUUGGUAGUUGUACAAACAGCAGCUACGAGGACAUGAGCAGAGCAGCUAGCAUUGCCCAGCAGGCUCUGGAUAAUGGCAUCAAAUGCAAGGCCGCUUUCACGGUGACUCCAGGGUCCGAGCAGAUCCGAGCCACCAUUGAGAGGGACGGUCAAGCCGCUACUCUCAGGGAGUUUGGUGGCAUUGUCCUAGCCAAUGCCUGCGGUCCAUGCAUCGGUCAGUGGGAUAGGCAAGAUGUUAAGAAGGGAGAGAAGAACACCAUCGUCACAUCCUACAACCGUAACUUCACCGGCCGUAACGACGCUAACCCUGCCACCCAUGCAUUCGUAGCAUCCCCAGAGGUUACCACAGCCCUGGCUCUAGCAGGUCGUCUGGACUUUGACCCAGAGGUAGAUGAACUGACGGGAGCAAACGGACAGAAGUUUAAACUCAAGAGCCCCUAUGGAGAUGAGUUGCCAAGCCAGGGCUUUGAUCCUGGCCAGGACACCUUCCAGCCGCCGCCUAGCGACGGGUCAGGCAUUGCUGUCGAUGUGGACCCAUCUAGCAACCGUCUCCAGCUGCUCUCACCGUUUCAGCCCAACGGACAAGACUUGGAGGAUAUGGUAGUACUCAUCAAGGUUAAAGGCAAAUGCACCACAGAUCACAUAAGCUCGGCUGGUCCAUGGUUGAAAUACAGAGGACAUCUGGACAACAUCUCGGACAAUCUUCUCAUUGGAGCAACAAACAUUGAGAAUGGAGCCAUGAACAGUGUUAGGAAUCAGCUGACAGGAGAGUUUGGGGAAGUCCCAGCUACAGCAAGGGAUUACAAGUCCAAGAACACUCCCUGGGUUGUGUUCGGAGAUGAGAACUACGGCGAGGGAAGCAGCCGAGAGCAUGCCGCUCUAGAACCCAGGCAUCUCGGUGGACGCGCCAUCAUCGUAAAGAGCUUCGCCCGUAUCCAUGAAACCAACUUGAAGAAGCAAGGUAUGCUCCCUCUGACGUUCUCCAAAGCUGCAGAUUACGAUAAGGUCAGACCCGACGACAAAGUAUCCCUGAGAGGACUUGCAUCACUAGCCCCUGGAAAGCCCGUUGAGUGUGUACUGAAGCACACAGACGGCAGUUCAGACACCAUCCUCCUCGACCACACCUUCAACGAGACGCAACUCGAGUGGUUCCAAGCGGGCAGCGCCCUCAACAGGAUGAAAGAGGUACAGGCAGCCUCAUAGCCACAGACCAAUGGCUCCGUAACCUCUAUCUGAAAAUUUCUGGAAUGUGUAUUAUCUAUAGAAAGCGAUUUUAUCAAUUUGUAUUUCUUGUUUUAUGUGUGAAACACCUACUAUUAAGAGGAAGAAGAAAAAAAACGCAGGGCAAUUUUUGUAUGAGCAUGUUGAAUCUGGAGGUAAACUGCUAUGUAUGUAACUUCUUAAAUGGUUUCAAAUUGAGGUUAUAUAUGCAUCAGACAUGUUGUAAUUCAUGCUGGACUAUUAUGCUCUAAUAAUAUAAUACUUGUAUACAGAGUUAUUCAUGUUUUUAACCUAUAUGCAUGCACAUAUUCAAAAAAGUAUUUUUUCAAUAGACAAAAUUUAACUUAGAUUGAAACAUAGAGGUGUUAAAUAAAAAACAGUAUUGUCAAAAUGUUAUUCUGCUUGCCAGUGUUCUUAUGUGAAAAACAUGCAGAAAUAGAUUUAAUGAAUGAGAAACACCAACUGAAAUUUCUCUUAAUUAGUGCAAAUAUAUCUUUGCCUAGGAGCUACCCUAAUGCAUGGAUUUGAUCAGCAAUGAUAUCGUCUGUUUAGAGGAAGAAGGGUGUUGCCUAAUAUACUUGUACACAGAGUUAACGCCCUUCUCGCGCUAAACAGAAGAUAUGGUAUCUAUCUCUUUUACCAUCAAUAAUAGUGUUCGAGUUUGCAUUGCAUUGUACCCGAAGUGUGGAUAGAUUUCAAAUCUUUGGAUAGUUUCUUUGCUAAAGAGAAUUUAGCUCUGUUUAUAAAAGCUUUUCCGUUUGCAUAUUGUAUGCAAUGUCUUUAUCACAUGGGCAGAUAUUUUCUGGCAAGAGAUCCUAUCUGUGAUGGUAUAGGAAGAGCUACAAUGGUUGUUUUUUGCUCUUCAUUCCUUACUUAUUUGUGAAACAGAAAACAAGAAUGAGGUCAACAAUUUGUGCAUGUUGUAUUGAUGUGAAAGAAAGAUGGUUUAUAUUAUGAAAUUCAUGAAAAUGAUAGAUGGAUAAAUGUUCCAUGUCUGACAUUAUUGUGAAGAGAUCUACCAUCUAUCCAUCAAAGCUAUUCACAUUUUUGUGAGGCAUGAGUCUGAAGGCAAAGGUUUUUCAAUGGAAGAAUGAAGCGAAAAUGAUUACAGUGAUGAGAAUGAUGGGGAAAUAAAAAUUCACCACAGACAGUGCCGUUAGUAAAGAAACUGGUUUUAAAGAACAUAUCUUACAUAUUUGGGGACCAUUCUUCCAUUAUGACCUGGUCACUAUUUGCUGAAUGUUUGAGAAAUAGUGUUACUAGUCUCAAAGAGCAAAAUGUUUGAUUGAUUUAUCGACUGGGUUAUUACUUCUACUACUCAGUUUCUCAGUCUUGAAUAAAAUGUAAAAUGUGACUUCAAUUUAAUACUAUUCCAUUGUGAUCAUAAAGGGAAUCACUCUUGGUGGAGUAAACAGUAGAAAAUACAAUACUCAACAUCUAUCAAAUAUAUAUUGUAUCCAUAACAAUCUAGAUUUGAGUUGCCUAAAAACCCUAAAAAAAUACCUUGCCCAUUCGAAGAAUGGAACGGUGUGCCCACAUACAUGUAGGUGUGAGUAACUAACUAUUCCUCUGUGUUAUUGAGUGGGGAAUUCCCCAUAUAUCAUCUGGGGAAAGUCCCCUUUCAAGCCUGGCUUACCGUUGAUAUCUGAUGUUGAGUUUUGUGGUUGGGGUUUUACAGCAUAAGUGCUUCAUCAAAUGUAUGCAAAGAAGUCUAUGAUGAAGUACAUGUCCGAUGUGUGCAUAAUUAUACAUUUGAAAUAUACUGGACUUUGUCCCAAAAAUGUGA